AUGGGAGGUUCAGAUGAAGCGGUCGGACCCAAAUGUGCGCCGGAGCCGCCAAGAGGGCAGCAGCAGCGACAACAGCAGGCCUUACGGCACACCAACAGCUCCUCCAGUCCAUUCGGUGAGAGCUACAGCUAUCCUGUCCCACUACUGAGCCCGCGUACACAGCUGCCUCAGCUGCAGGAAGUUCAUAGUAAUCGGGAGCGGGUCCAGCAGCAGCACCAUCAGGAACAGCUAUACGGCACUGUGGAAAUUUCUAAGGCGCUGGCAGGGGACGUGCAGCAGCAGCUGCUGUUGCAGAGCAGGCUCCCGCGUCAAGGGAGUUUCACUCCCGCUAAUGUGACGUCCAUCAGCUGCGCACUGGAGGAAAAGCAAUCGGCCCUUUGGCUUUCUGCUGCAGCCCCUUCUGCAGCGCCAUCGGGUACCCCCAAGCAUGCAGGUACGGCAGUGAGAGACGCAGUGGCACCAGCAAAACCAGCAUCAGGGCAGACAGCAAAAGAAUCGUCAGUGCUAGCAUACUAUGAGAAUACUGUUCCGGAUAGAUGCCGCCUGGCUGCAGAUCGCUUCUUGGUGGCGGGUGCAGCAGCAACAGCAGAUGAAUUGCGCAGCUCAGACAGCCCUGCCUCUACUCCAAAGACGCCUUCAGGGCAGCUGCAGCAUGCCACAGAAACGGGUACUGCUGCGGAGGCAACAGCGGCAACAACUGCAACGGACACAGAGGGACCUUCGAUGGCAACUGUUUCCACACAAGUCCGCGAACAACCUGUAACUGGAGCAUCACAAGGGCAGCGAGAGCCGCCACUUCCCGUUACUGACGCUUCUGCCGCAGAGUGGAAGACUCCCGUCCGCAUGUUCAUGCAAACACUGCAAAAACAGGCGACGUAUCCGCAGCAUCUACAGCAGCUGUCCCAGUUGCAGCAGCCUCUGUGCCGUCCCUCCUUGCCAGUUCCAGCAGCCCCACCCCCACAAAUAUGCCUCAUUGGGCCCCGGCUACUAGCUAUGAGAAGCCCCUGGGGCCUCUCUACAUCUGCAGUGUUGCAGCGCAACGGCAUUAAUGAGUUGCUGUUGUAUCUGUCCGUGCUGCAGUCGCUGCUUUUGCCUGCCAGGUGGGGAGGGCUUAUGCCUUUGGGCGCUGCAGAUUGCCUUGCUGGCGCUGCUGCUCUCCCAGCAGCUGCGGCAGCAGCUGCUGCCGUAGAGGGUCUGGCACGGGCUGCUGCAGCAGCAGAAGCUUCUUUUUCAUCGUUGCCCUCACAGUUGCCGCAGCAGCUUCUGCUUUCGCUCCCACGCCGUUUUUUGCAGCAAGUGCCAACGGCAACAGACGGCUCGUCGGGGCUUACGCAGCUCAAUGGGUUGUAUAGGCACCUUCGCACCACCAUACAAAAGCAGCAGCAACAAGGUCCCAUCUGGGGGGAAGAGUGCUCGCUCGUGGCACAGGCAGCAGCAGCAGCAACAGCUGCUGCUGAGAGUGCUGCAGAGUUGGGGCUUGAGGGAGAAGAUGCUGCAGCGUGGCCUGCGGUCGCCGCAGCCAUUGCUGCCGUUGAGGCAACGGCAGCAGCCGCUGCUGCUGCUGCGUCGGCUGCUGCUGCUCCUGCUCUGCUUGUGAGUGCCGCUACUGCAGCGAAGGAGCAUGGGAGCCCAGCCACAGGAGGUGAGGCUGCAGCAGGGGUACCGGGAGCAGCAGUCACAGCUGGAGGAGCUGUCACAGUGGUUGCCGGCGAGGGUAACAGCUUUGACUCGAAGCGCCGUGAGUCGCUGAGGCAGCUUGGCCGCCUCUUGACUAGUCCGCCCGUUAUUGUAAUCUUCGAUAUAUACUCAAGAGGUGGUAACCGUCGCACAUACAGCAGCAUCAGCACUGCCAGUAGAAGUGCUGGCAGCAGCAAGCUACAAAGCUCAUGCCCCACCGGUGACCUACCGCGCACGAGGCAAAGUAGCCCCAUAGCUAGCAGUAACAGAAGCAGCGUCAGCAGCAGCUUGACGGCGGAGUUUGGGGAAGCAUUCGGCUGGCAGAUCCUAGAAUUCAGCUUAACAGAAGUCGGGGCACCGCCGUUGCAGGUGCUCGUAGACUUUUGUUCUUCUCUUCGCUUCUGGCUGCAGCUGGACAGACACCUCAACCUGGCGCUUGUGAACGUCCACCCUAAGAGUGGCUGUGGUGCCUUGUUGCUACUUGCAUGCGCUGCAAUGGCGUGCAGUAGCAGCACAGGAACAACCGGUUGGGGAACCCAGCACCAGCUGCUGAAGAUGCUUGGCAAUGCGUCAGUAGCUGCUCAAGAGUGCGCGUAUCCUGCUGACAACUUAAGGGUUGGAAGCUGCGGCAGCGCGAGCAGCAGCAACCCAAACAGCAACAACGGCAGCAGCUACCAGAGGGGUGGUGGGGUGCUGCACUGGAAAUCAGCAGAUCGGUGGCCUCCUUCUUGUCUGCGUUAUUUGUCAUACUUUGAAACUCUCCUUCGACAGCAUUCCGGACGUGCCACCCGAGACGAACCGGCCGCGCGUAGGCUACCUGCGUCGGGUGUGGAGGCUCGUGCAGUGCGCCUAAAAAAUUUGCUGAUUGAUCACUUCGCUGCGCCUGCUGCACUUAUUGCCGUCGAAGUGUAUGAACUGGCGACGUGUUGCUGCUGCUGCAGCGGUUGUUGCAAGAAAGAUGACACUGCUGGACCAUCUGGUGUUCUUAUGCGGCACCUAGCUAAGACACCAAAAACAGCAUCAGGCGCAUCCAGUAACCCCUUGCCGCUUGUCUAUCCACCACGGCAGCUCUGUAGUAGCAAUACCGGUAGCAGUGGCACUGAGUCAGAGGAGUUCGUUUCCCCACAACGGGCGCAUCCUCUUCCCAGUGCACGAACUCAGCAACAGCGUAGUGAGCAACAGCAGCAGGAGAACGAUGGAGGCGGACGGUCACAGCGAAAAGGCCUUGCUGGUUACUUGUUGAAGCAACGCACAACCGGGAGAUCGCAACAACAGCCAGAGGGACCCAAAAAUGAAGAGGCGCAGAGCCACCCCUACCUACGGGCUCUGCGGCAGCAGGCGAGGCUCCUGACUGACUGCAGUGUUUCUGCUGCAGCAGCGGCUGCAGUAAUCGAGGCCGCAUCCAGUCCUGACGAUGUUCCUCUGCUGCUUGACCCUGGAGGCCCCCUCGGCCACUUAGGAGCUUGCUGCGAUGCAUAUGUGUCUUUACCGGUGUCUGCUCCGUGCCUUAACAGCAGCAACGUUUGCAGCUGUCCUCCUGUUACUUCUACAAGCCAUAUUCCGUGGAAUAGGUCAUCAUCAGCAGCAGCGGCAGCAGCCGUCGCUGGCUCUAUGGAUGGCUGCCCGCUUGAGGGUAGCAGUCGAACAGAAGGGUCUUCUGUGGCAGACUGGCUGGGAUCUCCAAACGCAGGAGAGGCAGCAGAAUUUUCAAGUGAAGGGGAGGCGCCUUUGACCGCGGAGGAGUUGCUUGCAGCGGUGCAGCAUCGCCAACAGCAGCAGCAUCUGCAACAGAGGCGGCUGCAGCAACAGCAUCAGCGGGAGCUGCACUCGCACUUUGCUCUGCAAGCCUGCGCGCAUGACUACCAGCUGAUGGCUGCAGACGUGCUUCCUGAUGGAUCAGCAUCGGCAGUCUUCGACUUCGCACAUGCGCGAGAUGGGAGUGCCCGUCAACUCGUCCUGUCCGGUGACGUGCUGAUUGCCAUUCGGCAACUUGCCCCAAAACAUCACCUCCGAGGAGAGACACUGCAGGCUGAAACUGGAGAUCCUGAGGGGCAGCGGAAGAUGCACCCUCACGGCAGGCAUUAUCAGCAGCAGCACCAACAGCAACAAAUAUACGCGUUGUACGCUCUGCACACAGGUUUUCUGUCGCUGGAUCAAUCCGUGGUGGAACUAUCUGCACAAGAUUUGGAUUCUCCAGCCCCUUUACCACAACGUCUUCGGGUUUCUCUUAUUUUUGAGCACAUGGAGGACGCUCACAAAUGCGGAAGCACCUGCAACAGCCCGGUCAACAGCAGUAGUAGCUGCAGAGGCAGCAACAGUCUCAACAGCGCGUGCCGUGACAGUAACUGUUUUUCAGGAAGCACUUAUUGUCCACCACCAAGCCACUUUGGCGGAACAGCAAGCGCUUCCGAGCGUUCUCUGUGUGCUGCUGGUGUAGGGGACAUCCCGUCUGUUAAGAAUCUCCCAGGCAAUAUGUGCAGCGGCAACAGCAGCAGCAACGUAUUUAGCCCUUCUGGCAAGUCACCCCCAAGCAAAUCGAUCGUUAGUGGGAUUGUGUCCACUUUGUUGCGGUGGCAGCAGCCGCGGGAGAACGCUUUGAGUGGUUCUGACUCGCAAAAUCAGCAUCAGUUGUCUCAACAGCAGGAGUUCCGAGCAUCUCGCCGCUUCAGUACAUGCAGCAGCGUGAGUAUCACAGAGGGAGCACAGCUGGCUUCUUCUGAGGCAGCAGCAGCGGCUGGAGCAGCAUCCGCACCAGCCUCAGGAGAAACAGCAGUUACGUCUCAACGCCACCUUCACAUCACCAAGCGGCCCACAGCAAGUCGCAGAGAUUUCGUCGCCCGACACCGUCUCCAGCUGGAUCCCCGGCUGCUGCAGAUGCUGGUGGAGGCGUCUGGAUGCAGCAGUGACAGCUGUGCUGUUGCCCUGAAACUCUGCAGCAAUGAAUUCUCUAUGGCACUGAGCCUCCUGUCGUACUCCUUUGCAGCCGCUGGCUCGGGAGCGUCUGCUGCACUGCAUGCAACCCGCAUGUUGCAGCACGCUCUUCCCCCACCAUGGCUGCAACAACAAAACCUUCUUCACAGGCAGGUGUCACAAUAUUUGCAGUUGCGUCGCCAGGAGCAGAAACAGCGGAAGCAGGAGCUGCUCCGGAUUGAGUCUGCCUCGUCACUGACUAUCAGCGAGUCAGGACGUUCGCAAGAGCAGCAGAAAGAGCAGCAGCGGCCGCAGACGCCGUGCGCGGCAGCUGUAACAAAAGGAGGGGAGGACUUAGAGGGGAACUGUAGAACAGGAGCUUCAGUUGGCUCCACUGCUACUGCUGCUGCAUCAACAGUCGCGCAGCAGCAGUGGGUGAUGCAUCGCCAACAAUCAAUGCAGCAACAGCAGCAAGUUCCUGCUCCGAGGCCCAGCCGAAUCGCUCCCGUCCCGCUGCGGCCUGGCCAGAACCGACGGCUCAUAAGUGUCGCCUCCCCUACAGCAGCAUGUGUUGCUGUUGCUACAGCGCAACAGCAGAGCUUUAACAGGGCAAAGCCUUCAGUUUCGCGGAUUUUUCCGGGUGCGCCAGUGUGCAGCCGAAGCGUUGUGCCUCUUCUUGUAUCCUCAAGUUCAGAAGACCCUCCAAGCUCAACCCCGAUGGCUGCGGUGCUGGAUUUGGGACCAGCCGCUCAGGAAAACCCAAGGGAUUCUCAAAAGCAGCAUGUUGAAGAAGAGUGCGUGCAACAGCGGCAGAUAUAUGAAGAAAUGCCUACCGUCCACGACGAUCUACCUGUGCCGUCUACAGCUAAAAAUGUUGAGACAGCAUUGCCAUUAGCAACAGCAGCGGCAGUGCAAACUACAGCUGCUAGCUUGCACAUAGCUUCUGGUGUGAAGGCGGCUGGACCUCAGGGUGGUUGGGUUGAGGCAAAAGCUGACACUUUAGUUUUUCCCAGUGUCUUGCACUCACUGAAUCAUCCCAUUUCACCACCUGCUCCGGUGUUGGCUGCUGCUGCUGCUCCUGGUAUCAGUCCUUCUGUGGUUGAUGCUCCGCCGGAUACUUCUUUUGGUCCACCAGGAGCCCUUACCGCUGCUGGUGCCUCCCUACACAAAGAAGCCGAAGUAGCUGCUGUUGGUGCUCCUGGUGACUUGGUUGUGAUUGGAGCGUCAGCGGGGCUUAAUUGCGAGUCAGAAAGCGGUGUUUCUACUGCAACGCUUGCUGUCACGGCUCGUCCUAGUGCAGAUCAGAAUGUUGCGAAUCAUGAUUCAGGAACUCCUAUACCUUGCUCAAAAGUUGUUUCUACUUGCACAGUGCUGGUUGCUGGUUUCGCUCCAGAGCGGCAAUUAGGCGCUGCUUUUGCGGAGACGGGCGGUGCAUGCAGCGGAUCCACUGUGCAGCUCCAGUCCGGUAUCAAUGUGGCAAAUACGUCUUGUGAACAAUUGGAGUUGCUACAGCAGCAGCAGCACAACAGCUCUGAACCAGGACCAAUACAGGAAAAGCCGAAGACGGAGUCUCGUGAUGUAAAGGCUGCGGUGUCCGUGGAGCCAGUUGAAAGAGCAGCAGGGGCUGCGUUAGCAGGAGCUGCGGUAGGACAACCUACAGCAGUUGUACCGGCAGCAGCAGCAUCUGCUUUUUCAGGAACAAGACUACCAAGCGGUCAGGUACUUGCUUUGCGCCUUCCUGACGGGAGACUGCUACAUGUGUCUCUUCCCCCGGAUGCAGCCUUAGAUGCUGCAUGUGGAGCAGCCGGGGCCGUUUCGCCCGCCGCAGCCACAGGGCAUUUAACAGCUGAGGCAGCAACCACCGCAGCAACUAUCAUUGCAGUUACGGUUGCGCCGUCCCCAGCAGCCUCAAAGGGGUUGCUGAAGGCCAAGCCACCGGGACCUCCACCCAAAGGCAUUCGUCCCUCGCCAAAGUCUGCGCCUAAGGCGGAAAUGGGAACAGAAGCAGCGAGAUCAAGAGAGCCAGCUCAAGCAGCAGGAGCAGACAAAGCUGUGCCUCCUGCGCCAAAAGCCAAGGCACCGGGGAAGCCACCGGCAGGUCGGCCACCUCCUUCAACUCGGACAGGACCGGCUGGAGCACCAGCAUCAGCAAGUGCAGGGGCCGAUGCCCCAGGCCUCCCCACAUCAUCAAUUACGACGAAGGCUCCGGGGCCUCCACCAAAGGGUCCUCCAGCUGGCAGGAGGCCUCCGCCACCCAAGGCUGCAGCAGCAGCAAUGCAGAAGAAGGCAGCGGCAGAAGCGGCUCUACCUUUAGGUCGCAGGAUACAUUGGAAGGCUCUUCCGGGCGACAAAAUUCACGGCACUGUUUUCAGCGAGAUGCCGGCCUUAGGCCCAUUAGGACCCUCGGCCUUGGUCGACGGCGCAGCCCUUAGCCGCCUAUUCUCUCGCACACAGCCAGCAGCAGCAGCUGCAGCACCAACCAGAAGAGGCACAAAGAAGCCAGAAGUGCAGCAGAUAAAAAUCAUAUCGAGCAAGCGCGCCCAAAAUGUUGCAAUAGUUCUGGCGAGGCUAUCUCUCACAACCAAGGAAGCAGCAGCACGGCUGGAGAAGCUUGACAGCAGCGGCCUGUCUCUAGAGCUCCUGGACCGGCUCGAGCAGGUGUGCCCCCUGCCGGAAGAAAUGGAAGGCUUUCGGUCGUAUCUAGAGCAUGGGGACCAGCAGCAGAAGGGGCAACAGGAGUACAGUGAGAAGGUGCCAGAAGAUGAAGCAGCAGACACAGCAACUUCCUACCCAUUACGCGAUGUGGAAGCAGCAAUGCUUCCCCUGGUACGACUUGCCGCUGUCUCUUCAAGGAUUCGGAUUGUACGCUUUGAUAUAUUGGCGCCCAAGACUAUCAAAGAGUUGGAUGAUGCUCUUGAUCUCGUGGAUAGUGCUGCCGAACAGGGCCGAAACAGCCGCAAGUUUCGCGUGCUGCUGCAGGCAGUAUUGCAGUGGGGCAACUACGUGAAUCAUGGAGUGCGGCUAGCCGCUGCUGUUGACGGAGGGAAACAUAAGGGAGCAGCGGGGGAAAAUGACUUAGAAGCAGCAGCAGCGGCUUCUAUGGAGUGCCUACCCACCCGGGGUUUUGCGCUCACCUCGCUUCUGAAGCUAAUGGAGUUUCGCAGCACCGUCGAUACUCGCCUCAGCUCACUGCAUUACAUCCUUGUCAACCUGAUGGCGUCGCUGCCAGAUUUAAAGCUGGAAGAACUCCCUCAAGAGAUGCCGCUGGUAGAAGAGGCAGCGAGGCUGUCAGAUGAGGCGCUGGAUGCUGCAGCAGCUCUUCUUUACAGGGAAACACAAUUUUUAUUACAGCAAAUACAGCAGGCCAGGCCUCACGGGGUUCCCUGGGGGCCCUCAGAACUCGAAAGGCUCCGCCGUCUGCACGGUGAAGCUGCCCUUGGCUUGGAGCGCAUUCGGCAGCGAUAUGCAGCGAGCAAAGAAACGGUAACAGAGCUUGCCCGAUUUUAUGGGGAGGAGCCGCAGCGUCCAAGUGCAGCAGCAGCAGCAGCAGCUGCUGCUGUAACAGCGGCGACGGGGGGAGGCUGGGGGGGCAUCAUGCAGGCUGCUCCUUUUUCGACUUUGGCUGCCAUCCUGGUGACGUUUAAGCAAACACUUAAGGACAUUCAGCAGCAUCCCAAACGCUAUGCUGUACUACUUGCAACUAACAGCGGCAACAAUAGUAGCAGCAGCGGCGGCAGCAACAGCAGGAGCUUAAGGGAAACAGCCGCUACUGCGGCUGCUAGCUUAACAGCAAAUGAUUCAUCGGCUCUUGUUAAUGCUUGUGGAGAUGACGGAACGCGCAAAAUAGAAACUGCGGUCGCAGCUUCAGCAGCAAAAGCAGGAGGCAACUCUCCGCUGCAGGCUCCCUUGGCACGGAAAUGCAGCGGCCCUGCCACUGCGGCAUGCGGAACACCCAAAGCUGUACGAAAACAAGGCAUGUCGUGUUUCUCUUCUACUAUUCAGAGGGACCCGCAUUUCCCGAGAAGAAGCGCAAGCUGCUCCUCGCUAGAGACUUUCCAGCGCACAGGACAGAAGCAGCAGCAGCCAGAGCGGCAAGUACAGAAGCAGCAGAGAGACCAACUGGCAGUCCCAGGAGACCGUAGCGUCAUUCAGCAAGCCCACCAGCACGAAAUGCCUGUAAUAGUGCGGCUUCCAGACAGUGCUCCGCCAAAUGGAUGCCGAGAAGCUCUAGGCACAAGAGCAAACAGUUCUAACGGCAUUCAGGGAACGGACGUCAAACGUCGAGCGCUGACAGGGAGUUCAAAGCUGACCGAGAGGAGCAACCGGGCGUCGCUGCAUGUACUUUUGGAUGAGCCAUCUUUUCCUGCCCUGGACCUAGCAGCUUCUAUUAAUAAGGCCCUGUUUGUUCAAGAACUUCAUACGGAGGAAGAAGAGAGAGCUACAGAGCCAGCAGCAGCUGCUGCAGAUGCAGCAGUGAACGAGGAACCUGCUAAUUUGGUUAAGGACUCCCCGCAGGUGUCUAACGAACCACAGUCGCCUUCAUGUUCUCCGGGUAUUCGCUUACCUUUGGAGCAACCAAAGAAAGACUCCCAGAGCCAGCAGAUGGGGACGCAAUUCGUAGUAGGUGGGCGAUUUUUUCCUCCGCGUGUGGUGCCCAGGCAGUUGCAGCAGUCGCAGCGUCAACAGGAACAGCAGCCUCGUGAACAUUUGCCGGCAACCGCUCCACAUAUGCGUCGCCCAGUCCUGAGACCUCGGCUGCCGCCGCCUGCUGUGGUGCCGGGGAGGCACUCUGCACGUUUUCAAUGUGCAGCUUUGGGAAUAUUGAAGGGGACUGGAAAGGAGCAAGAACAGGGUAAAGAGGCGGAAGAACAACAGCAAAAGCACCAACCGCAGUAG